AUGGGUUUAUUAUCCGUUGAACAGAAAUAUAGCAUCAUUUUGAUGGCCGAGAGGCAUCCAAAAUGGACUCAGGCGGAGUUGGCGCGAUGGGCUUACGAGGCUUACCAAUUAUCAUCACGUCCUUCGCAAGGUACCAUCUCGCGACUUUUGGCUCGCAAAAGCAUCUUUAUGAAUUCCAAAGAGCACGAAAAGGGAGCCAACCGAUUGCGAACUCCGAACAACCUUUUGGUGCGACGAAUUUUGCAAGAAUGGGUCUCUCAAAGCAUCUGGAACGGGAUUCCCAUCACUCCACCUAUCGUUCAAGAUACCGCACAGUCCGUAUGGCACCGCAUUCCAGCCAUACACCGUGAGGGCAACGGUUCCUUCAGUUACAAGUGGAUCACGUAUUUUUUAUCGAAAAUGGACCUGAACGUCACAAAUCCAGAUGAGGAAUUGCCGAAGCCACCCAAAGUUUGGACUUUCGAGGAACGAGACGCUUUGAAAGAUCUACUGGUCAAAGUCCCACCGAAAGAUCUGUUUACACUGGACGAAACCUUUCUGGCCUACAACUUGCCCAUGGACAACGCACAGUACGAAACAGGCCAGGUGCAAAGAAAAAUAGAAGUUCUCACUGUGAUGCUCUGCGCUAACUUAGACGGUUCAGAAAAAAUGAAUCCCCUGGUGAUAGGAAAAUACGAGAAUUACCGAAGCUUUCGAAGUCAUUUUGCCAAUGAUCCCUCCGACGGCUCCUCACCCACCUCGGUAGGCUCCAGAAUGGCCAGAAAGUUUUCUUUGACGUACCAUAGCAACCGGAAGUCUUGGCUUACCAGCAAUCUGUUUCACGAUUGGCUGGCAUGGUGGGACAAACGACUCGUUGUGGACAAUCGAACAAUCUGCAUAGUUCUCGAUGACUCGUGCUCUCAUCGGAUAGUCAACUUACGGCUCAAAAAUAUCAAACUAGUGUACACCUCUGCUAACAGUCGAUUUUUACCUUUCAAUUGGGGGGUCCUAGAUGAAUUCAAGACACAUUAUCGAGUACAGCAGUAUGAAGCACUCAUCGACUUACAAGAGAAAAUUGAAAAGAAGUCGGGUGCGAAGAAAAUACUGACCUAUGAUCAAAGCACCUUGAAUAUGUCCAACGCCUUCAAACUAAUAAAAAACUCCUGGGAUGCCAUACCGGUUGAUACCAUAAAAGCUAACUGGAAAAGUUCCGGUAUUUUGCCGCAGCAUAUGAUUCAACUGAACGAAAAUGUUAGCAUGGCUUUCAAGAAAAAUGAGGCCUUGGAACGGAAACUUUACGAGGUAAGUGAGAAAUUUCACUGCGUUCAACAAUGGGAUUACGAUAUUCUACUGGAUCUGAACAUCGAAAAUAAAAAUACCAAUUUUUUGAGUUCAGAGGAACUGGUGGAAAGUGCAAUUGUAGAUGAAUGGGAGCCAGAACCAAAGACUGGUUCGUAUGAGGAGGACUAUUCAGCGGGAGCGUUCAAUCUGGAAACAUUUGCUAACGUGGAGGGAAGUGCCGCCCAUGACACGUUCGAUCAUGUUUCAAGUUUAGGAGCAAAUACAAAUCCUGAAAGCGACUUUUUUGUGAGCAGCGUUAUUGAUAAAACCGGUGAUAUAUUUUCCAGUGGGGUUCUACCACCUGUUGAUGGACAUGAUCAUUUGGAUCGUGUCACUGUUGCUCCACCCUCUGCAUCAGAAACCCAUCUAUACACUGCUCCAACCCCGGUGCCAACGGCAAAUGCUUAUUUAGAUGAUGUGUUCAGUGCACUACCUGCAGAAGCGCCACCAGCGCCGACAGAUCCUACGUUGGCCAAUCACGCUCAGAACUCGAUAGCCGACAGCACUUCACCAGCUUCUAACAAUUUGCCACCUAAUGAAUUGUUGGCUAUGAACGAACCAGACCUGAAUUUGGGUAACGAAUUUGAUUUAGGAAGACACAGUGAAUUUUCGAAUUCUUCGACUACCGGCGAACCCGAAGCUACGUUCGGAUCUCAGCGCCUCCUCAUCAUGACUACACUGCAAACAAACAUUGAUAUCGCGAAAUCAAUGGGCAACAUUUUAAAGCAUGCUGAGUUCAGGGAAGUGGGAUUGUCCGAGUCUGCCCUCAGUGAGCUCAAGUUCAGCUACAGAAACUGCUUAAAGAAAAUACAUAAGGCAAAGCUAGCUUUAAGUGCUCCGGAAAAAAGACAGAGGGAAAAUCUAUUGGAGCGUCAAUUGAUGCACCAAGAGCAUGCGCUUAUGCGCCCAGGCACAACUCCUGCUACAAAAGAUAUUUCUCAAUCUAAUGUUGAUCCAACGCUUGGAGUAGGAAGCAAUAAUUUCUUUGGUGGGUUCCAUCCUUCCGGAUAA